UCAGAUGUUUCCUCAUGGCAGCGGCGAAGAGACUACGUUCGGAAUUUUCUCCUAGUUGGAAUAACAAAAAUGCAGGAAAAUCUGGGAAGAGUGGAUCAAGAAAUGGACCAUGUUAUCAUGUUGAAUCCCUUCUUGAUAUAUGUGCAAAAAUUGUGGCAGAAAAUAUCCCGUUUCAAACAGUAGAACAAAGGUUUGACCGCAUUCCUGAGCCCGUUCAGAAUAGGAUUGUGUACUGGUCGUUUCCCCGUAACGAACGGGAUAUUUGCAUGUAUUCAUCUUUUGCAAACUGUGUUAAAGAUGGAGCAGAAAAUCAAAAGUUGCCAUUUCACCAAGGAGUAAGGUUAUUAGAAAAUGGGGCAGUUGACAACGUGCUACAAAUAGGUUUCCACCUGAGUGGGACGGUGAAGGAGCCCUCUAACCCCCUGUAUUCCACAGACCCCGAUGUUCCUUAUCAAGUCUCCAUCAGCUUCGACAGAUGUAAGAUUACCUCUGUCAAAUGUGGUUGUGGAAACAAAGAUAUCUUUUGGUGCCAACAUGUGGUGGCUCUGUCCCUAUACCGCAUUAGGAGGGCCGACACAGUGGAACUGCGAGUCCCUAUCUCAGAAACUCUUUUACAAAUGAGUCGGGAACAGCUUCAGAAGUUUGCUCAGUAUCUGAUAGCUGAGCACCAUACCGAUGUCCUGCCAACGUCUCAGAAAAUCGCAGAUGAAAUUCUGCGGGCCAAAUCAGAAAUCAACUUAUUACCAGGUGCUCCUGACCCCACGGCCGGUGCCUCAGUGGACGAUGACAACAGUUGGCAUCUGGACGAGGAUCAGGUCAGAGAAACUGUCCGGUGCUACUUAUCCCAGGGCGGCUAUCUUAACAUGGCCAACCAGCUUACAUUUAUGUUUGCCAAGGUUCGUGAAAUGUUGCGUGCUCGAGAUUCCAAUGGUGCUAGAAUGUUAACUCUGAUCACUGAGCAGUUCCUGGCAGACCCUCGUCUGGUUGUCUGGAAGUCUCAACAACAACCGAUGUCUGACAAGUGUAGACAACUAUGGGAUGAAUUAGGUGCAUUAUGGGUGUGUGUGGUGCUGAAUCCUAACUGUUCUAGCAGUGAGCGUUCCUACUGGCAGAGCCUGCUGGACCAGUGGUCCUCCUGUAAUGUGUGUCCUCUGGAGGACCCAGAUGUCCUCAAUGUUGAUCUCCUGCUCAACAACACAGACAAUAGCUCCCCUUUUUCCCGUAAGCCAAGGACCAUUUUCCACAGGGCAUUAGAAGCCAGUAAGUUGAAGUGGCACGACUCUCACUUAAAACUGAUCCUAGGACAGGACCCGGCUUACCCGGACUGCCCUAUGUGGCACGAACACUUCCCCACUGCUUGUGCCCGAGUUGAUGCCUUGCGCUCACAUGGUUAUGUAAAAGAGUCGUUACGACUAGCGGUGGCCAUAGUACGAUCUCUUAAACACCAACAGAGAGUCAACCAGGGAUGGUGCAGAUGUCAAAAUGAAGAUAUGCCUAGUACAAGUAAAGGCUGUACACACAAGACAAGGAACAACCUGGAAGGCUGGAUUGGUCACGCCCUGGACCCUGUAGGCGUUCUGUACGACAGCCUGACCGAAGCUUCCAUAGACACUGAGGAUACUUCUCAAGCAGAUAGCCUCAGUGGUCGAUUAUUUUCUGGUGACAAUCCCAGUUGUAUUCCCCCUCGAUACCGCCAUGUUCCCAUCCCCAACAGCAAAGACAGAACUGAGUCUUAUCUCACCAUGGCUCUAGAAGUAGCCCUAAUGUGUCUUGGGCAGCAAAGACAAAUGCCUUCAGGUUUGUACGCACAGGAGAAGGCCUGCAAACAGGAAGAGAAGUUGUUGUCACGGUUACAAAGCGUGGAACUGGACACUUCUCUUAUGGAGGUCAUGAGGCGACAAGCUGACUUACUGCUUAAAGGUGGCAGUGGUUCAGGACUAGGAGAGGGCAUACAUGCAGAGAGUUAUCCUAUGCACACAUUUGCCAAAUUUUUAUUCAACAGUCUACUAACAUAUGACCAGAACUUGGCCUAUCGAGUUGGACUACGUUCCAUGAGACUGCCAGUGUUGGAGGACACAGAGGAUGUUGAUGAUGGAAUCAAUAACAUUGGCUCAGCCAUGCUGAGUCGCUUUCCUCGCUGGUUUAUUCUGGGUCACAUUGAGGGACAGCAGUGUGAACUGGCAUGUACGCUGCUGGCGGCGGCAAAAGAAGAUAUCGGUAGAUUGAAGACCGUACUAGAGGUGGCCCAGAAACACAUUCAUAGUUCCUCUCAGUUGUUCAAGCUCGCCCAAGACGUCUUCAAAAUCGCCACCCCAGCUGACGCUCCUAAACACAUGCCGGCCCUGAAUGCUGCGUUUGAGCUAGGACUACAAGUGAUGAGGAUGACCCUGAUGACAAUGAACUGGAGAAGGAGAGAAAUGGUCCGAUGGCUGGUCACUUGUGCCAUGGAGGUGGGCAUUAAGGCUCUCGUCUCUAUAAUGCAAAACUGGUUCCAGCUUUUUCAACCCAUAGAGGCCACUAGUAUGGUGGCUACUAACAUUAUGUCUCGCAGCACCAUGAUGCAGUUAAAUGUUAACUUCCACCAACAGGAAGAGCUGGCCAAUCAUGCAAGAAAACUUGCACUCCAGUGUGCCACCAAAGAUCCGCAAAACUGUGCACUGUGUGCCCUGACUCUGUGUGAAAAAGAUCCUAUUGCCUUUGAAACUGCCUAUCAAAUAGUCAUUGAUGCAGCUGCUCACAUCAUGAAUUCCAGUCAACUGUUCAACAUCGCCCGGUACAUGGAACACAGGGGUUACCCCAACCGAGCAUACAAGCUAGCAUUGCUGGCCAUGAAAAAUCUCAAACUGUCUUAUAAUCACGAUACUCACCCCGCAAUCAAUGACAUUCACUGGGCUUGUGCACUCAGCCACAAUCUGGGAAAGAAUGAACUUUCCAAUAUGAUUCCAUUGUUGACAGAUAAUGUUCACUGUGCCAAUGUGUUAUCAGACGUACUAAGACGGUGUACCCUAACUGCCCCGGGGCUGGCCAGCACUGAUGGAAAACGCCGUGCAAUAAAACACUUGUCUUAUGACAAGGACCCUCUCAGGAAAUUAAUGGAUGCCACAAUUCAUGCCUACAUUGCCACAACCCAUUCAAAACUGACUCACAUAAGCCCGCGUCAUUAUGGUGACUUUAUAGACUUCCUUAGCAAAGCAAGGGAAACCUUUCUACUAGCUCAUGAUGGACACAUUCAAUUUGCACAACUGAUAGAGAAUAUGAAAUUAGUGUACAAAGGAAAGAAAAAACUGAUGUAUUUAAUCAAGGAAAGAUUUGGUUUAUGAUUGAGGUAGAUAUUCCAGUGGUGUAUGUGUUUGGGACCAAUGUUAAAUGUCAUACAUUGUGUGUGAGGUACCUGUGAUUAAGAUGGUGCAAACCAAAUCUGUUUGAUUGUUUUCUAACAUUUUUUUAGUAGCAAAAAAAUUGAAUGUCCAAGAAAGGAGAUUUAGUUGUAGCAUUAUAACUAUAGGUUGCUGCUUUCAUAUUUUCUCAGUAAUGUCAACAUAAUGCCAAGAAUUUGAAAUGAAAACUUGCACAUCCUGUCAGAAAUGCCAGUGGUUUGUAGUUUUAAAAAAGCUGUUCCUUCUGCAGUUAUCUUUUUUCUAUUUCAUGCAGUGGAGUCACUUUUGCUUAAUCAAUCCUCACACACACACACAGACAAAAAUGGCUUCAUGAAUAUUGAAGGUAUAAAUGUCCAGUAUUGUCAUGAUUGUACUUGUAAAUUUACUAUUAUUUUUCCCCCUUUAUUUCUGUAUCCUUGCCCAAAAACACAGUGGUGUGGAAUAUAUAGUAUCUGUAAAUUAUUUCAUUUUCUUCUAUCUCAGUAAACAAAUUGUAGAGUGUCAUGUCCCUCAAAGAUAACAUAUGGUUGCAGUUAAGUUUUCCAAUAAAAAAUUUAAGUAUUUGGACCCUUUAAUAGGAUAUGGUUUAAAUCAUCAUUCAUUGAAAAAUGAGCAAUUAGCUUCUGACUGUCAUUGUUAACAAGUAUUGAAUACAUCUAGAUCCAUAGAGCAUUUUUAGCAACUUGGUUCCUUUUUUGAAAACCCCACUGGGAGGUAUUUGUCCAUUUUGGACAGUUCUAUUUGUCUGUAUAUGUAUUUACUUGUGUUCUUUUCUAUGUGCACAUAAUUUAAAAAUUUAAGCUUUGUUCUAUGAAUUAUCCUUUUUAUAUGUUGUUAUCCGUUUUCCAUGAAGCAAUUAAUUUAUGGACCCAGACACUAUGUGCAAAGAUUUUCUUCUCAAUCUUUUUUUUGUUUAUUAGAGUUUUGCGUAUCGUGAAUGGUGCUACUGAAAACUGUAUAGAUGUUUUUUUUUCUGCACAAGACAAUAGUUGAUGAAUGUAUGAAUGAUAAAAGAGUACCCAGGGAGGUCCUUUUAACUUCUACAAUUUUGUUGUUACAGUAACACACAUUUUGUCUCAUUUUGUCUCAAUGUUUGAUUGCUGCAAUCGCAUACUGUCCAGUCUCAUUCGGAACUUCUCUGACUUUAUCAUUGUGCAUCAUUGUACAUCACUGUCACUCACUAAUUAGUAGCUCAGUAGACCUUUAUUCUGAUUUAAUCAAUAUAUAAUUAUGCAAAUGCUGACAAAGGCAAUAGUUUAAAACAAACUGUGCAAUAAGCCAUAGAAUUUUAAAUGCAAGCUUAUCUUGCAAGUUGAAACAUCAUUAUUGUCACUAUGUAAAAGUGUUGUGAGAUUAGUGAAAUGUUAACGAAGUACACCUUUCUGUUUAGGGUUUUGUGGGUUUUUUUUUCCUGUUUUGUAUCAUUUCAUUGCAGAGGUGAUGAACAAGUUAUCAAGUGCUACCUCAGUUAUCAGGGGUUGUCACCCCCUAGCAGUCCACAUCAGAAAUCUGCAGGAGUACUGUCCAGUUUUAAUCUUUACCAUAUUGUGUAUCAAUCAAAUGUUUUGUUGACUUGAAGUCAGAUUUUUUUCUCCAAUCAUGUGUUAUUUGGUAUUCUAUGGCUGUACAAAGUAUAGAGAUGUUUGUUAUUAGUUGUUGUUUAUGUUGCUAUAUAUUUUAUUGCACAAUAGUUUUUGUGGAGAAGAUAUUUUGUUUAAUAUUAUUCAAAGUCUUUUUUCAGAUUUGUUUUCCAGUGGAUUUAUUUGUUGUUUUGGUCAUUGUGAAUGACACAUUUUACACUCAGUAGUGUAUGAAAAGAAACAUUCAUAUAAAGUGAUUAUGAAUUUCAUUAAACCCAUCAAAAAAUGAUGUAGAAAACAAUUUUAUGUGGAAAAUGUUCACAAAUAUCAGAUUCCCUUUGGAAUUUUUUUUUAAAUGAAUAAUUAGAUUGUAUAUCAAACACAGUAUUAUACUAUAAUUGAGAAGUAAGUGCUGUCUUAAUUAAGAACAAUAAAACUGUUCUAGUUGUAUUGGAAUUAUGAUUUGUUUGCCAAUUGUGAUAAUGAUUUUGAUUUAUUUAUUGUAUGUACAAUUUUUUUGUAAUCCCAUUUUCUUGUGUCAUUAUGUGAAGCAUGAAUGUGUUUCUAGUGCUUUAUUUAUAGAAAUCAGUAGAGUCGUCUAGUCCAUGUGUUUUAAGAUGAACCUCUCUGUGAGGGGGUGAUGUGUCUUAAUUAUCUCGAGGAGGAAAAUAAAUGAAUCAAAAUCUCA